AUGGGUCGGGAUUAUUUUCUUCCACACCCCCAAUGGCAGUCGUCUGACCGACUUGCUUCGGGCGGCGAACGUGUUAUGGACAACGGCAGCAGCAACAGCAGUAGCAAUGGCAGCAACAACAGAUAUCAGCAUCACGACUCGUCCAGUGACAUGUCACGGCCGAUGAGCAUCGAGCGAGCACUUCGCGACCAGUGCCGCAUCCCAGCCCAGUGCUACUUUGUUUCGGCAAUUCUUGAUAAUGGAGAGAGUGUCACUUUCUCGGGGCCUACGGAGUACAAGGAAAAGAUUCCCACUUUUUUCGACAUGAACCGCUGGAUGCGUUGUGCAACUGGGCAGUCGCCUUCAGGUAAAGUUAAUAUCCGUCUCGAUAGGAAGCAGACUCGCGUCAGCCAAGUCUUACGGUGGCAAGACGUAAGGUGA